ACGUAAGACUCCAGACCGUCCAAUGAGAAUGAGGGAGGAAGUGAAUUAAACAACUCCUGAGGUUAGCAAAAUAGUUUGUUGAUGUUCUUCUCGCUAUGGCGUCCAAACGCUCCUUCUCUGAGGACGACUUCACGUGCCCCGUGUGCUGUGAUGUCUUUAAGGAGCCCGUGCUCCUGUCCUGCGGUCACAGCGCGUGCAGCAGCUGCGUCCAUCGGUACUGGGCCACUAAUGGACGCCAAGAGUGUCCUCUUUGCAGGAAACGGUCCAUUAGGAACCCUCCCAUCAACCUGGCUCUGAAAAACCUGUGUCAGGCCUUUAUGAAGGUCCGAGGAGAUCCAGAGACACUCUGCGACAUGCACAGGGAGAAGCUGAAACUCUACUGUGUGAAUGACGGACAUGCCGCGUGCUUGCUCUGUCGAGAUUCCGGCAAACAUAAACAACACUGCUUCAUCCCCGUCGAUGAAGCGGCUUCUGAACAAAAAGAUAUUCUGAAGGCUGCAGUGAAUUCACUGAAAAUGAAAAUGAAGAGCUUUCACGACGCCCAGGUUCAUUUACAGCGAAAUGUAUUUCACAUAAAGCAACAGACCAAGUACACGAAGAAGCAGAUUAAUGAGGAGUUUGGGAAACUUAAUCAGUUUCUUCAACAUGAACAUGCAGCCAUGGUGAUUAAACUGGAGCUGGAAAUGCAUCAGAAAACCCAGAGUCUGGAAAACAAAAUAGAAAAAAUAAAGAAAGAGAUACUGUCUCUCUCCACCACUAUAGGAGACAUGAAAGCUGAAUUACAGUCUGAAGACAUCCGAUUCCUGAAGAACUUUGAGAGAAAUCUGGAAAAAGCCCAGUACAGAGAGUCAGAUACUCAUAUUUGUUCAGGAGAAGUGAUUAGUGUUGCAAAGUACCUGGGCAAUCUGCAGUACCAGGUCUGGAACAAAAUGCAAGGCUUCAUCAAAUACACUCCUGUUGUCUUGGACCCAAACACGGCUCACUCGCAGCUCAUCCUGUCUCCAGAUCUCACCAGCGUGAGAGACAGUGAUGAUGACCAUGAAAACCAGACUGACUUGCAGAGACCACCAGCUUUGGACACUCCUGAGAGGUUUAGGAGUUUGUGUGUGCUGGGUUCUGAGGGCUUCUCUUCAGGGCUGCACUGUUGGGAUGUUGAUGUGGGAAACAGCACCUUCUGGAUGCUCGGAGUGACCACUGAGUCUGUGCAGAGAAAAGAACCCAAUGUUUUUCCCAGAGGAGCUUGGGGCAUUGGGUAUGAUGACCAAAAACUGUGUGCUCGGUCCCCUUCGGUAGGAUAUACUCCUCUGGCUUUGGCAGCCAAACCCCAAAUGGUCCGAAUUCGUUUAGAUAUGGAUUCAGGGGAGGUGUGGUUCUUAGAUCCUGCCAGCAAUGCCGUUAUCCACAUGUUCUCGCACCACUUCACUGAGAAGGUCUUUCCAUUCUUCCACAGCAUGUGCAGUCUUUCUCCUCUGAAGAUCUUGCCUCUCCAGCCUUUUGUGGUGCUGAGAAAGCUCUCUUAAUGUUCUUUAGGUUAGGUUUAGCUUUAGCUUUAUAGACAAUGGAGUUGCACUUGACGAUUUGUUUUUCAUAUUUUGCUCAGAGAUGCACUGAUGUUUUCUUUUGCUUCGUCAUUAUUAAUAUUCAAACUUAGCACUUACUCAUUUCAUAGCUCACAUGAUGUUUUCUUUCAGAUUUCAACCCUGGUUUCCCCCCCCCGGAGUUUUUCAGUCAAAACUUGGACUUUUUCCCAAUGGUCAUUCCAUUAUGUAAAUCCAGUGGACACACAGGUGGAAAGAGUUCUUGUGGAUGUUUCCUACAUAUUUAGACUAAAUGCAAAUACUAGCUUUAUUCAAACGCAGAGCAACUCCGUGAACUGGCUUGUAACUCGUUCACAUGUUGUCGGAUCUGUAAGUAGUUUUGUAUGCAUCAGUACUAUGCCGUGUUUUUGGACUUGGGUUAUAACCACCUUUGUAUAUUUUGUCAUAUUUAAAAAAUAAAACACCAUUUACGGUUCAUUUCAAGAAAUUAAAAUGCUC